UGAUAAGCCAACGUCCACGUGUCACAAAACCCAGUCUUCUUCUUCUUCUUUCUCUCUUCUAAAAACAGACACUUUCCAUCCUCAAACUCUCUCGGUUUCCAACAUAACCAAAUCAAUCAUGGCUUCAACAACUGUCCUAACACCGACCUCCAAACCCCAAACUCUUCCCUCAAUCAAGUCCAGACCCACCACCGCCAACGCCACUCCACAACCACUGCCAUUAAAACAGCCACCACCACUAAGACGCCACUUCUUGACCCUAUCUGCCGGCUGCAUACUCUCUCCCUUGUUUCUAUCUCCUCUAACCCCAGCAUUUGCUUCUUCUGAUGAAGAGUAUGUGAAGGAUGCUGAAUAUGUUAUCACCAAAGUUAGAACUACAAUCAACAUGGAUAAGAACGACCCAAAUAUAGCCACUGCGGUUGCCGACUUAAGAGAUGCUUCAAAUAAUUGGGUCGCUAAGUAUAGAAGAGAGAAAGCUUUGAUUGGAAAAGCUUCGUUUCGUGAUAUUUAUUCUGCAUUGAACGCUGUUUCGGGGCAUUACAUUAGUUUUGGACCCACUGCUCCAAUUCCUGCGAAGAGAAAGGCCAGGAUUCUUGAAGAGAUGGACACUGCAGAGAAGGCCUUAUCGAGAGGUAGAUAAAGAAACACAGAUACAGUGAGCUUCUUAUCAAGGCAAUUUUUCUUUUGAAUUUUAUUCUUUUGCCUUUAGAUUUUAACUAUUUUGACAGUGUUAUGUCGAAUUGAGGUUCAGUUUGUAAAUGAUGAGAAAUCUGCAAAUUGAAUGGUGGAUUUCUUAUAUUAAUCUUCAUGAUUUUAUAUAUAUAUAUAUAUAACCUAUUCCCAUUUA